AGCAAAUAUCAAAAAAUGCUUCUCUCCUUUGCUUCUCCUUUUAUCCUGGCUCAUGCAUGUCUUACCCUCCCAAUACAGGAGGCCUGUUACUUGGCCAGACAAGUUAAUAGCUAAUGGACUGAAGAAUUGUGGCCUGGAAGGGCCAAAGGUGGAAGUUCAGACCCAAAUAGCCAAUAAAAUGAACAAAUCAAAGGAAAGGGAGGAGCUGGAAAGAAUCUCUCCUGUUGCUAGGUCACUUUUUAGACUGGAGUGCAACAUUAAGGGAAGGGAAGAAGUCAGCAGCAUGAGCAAAGCCAGCAGAGCUUCCCAAAGCAUCCUGUCCCUUGUUCAAAUAGGGACCAAAUGGCCUUCCUGGCCUAUAAGUUGCUUAUUGGCUUUGCAGCAUCUCCUGGUCCAGGUGUCUUUUCUCUGCGUGUUUCAUUUUCUCUUCAUUGCCAAACUGCCCAUGGAACAACUGAAGGAAACUCCAUCUUGGGAUGGACUUCUAGCACACAAUCUCUUUGCCUGUGGCAUCUCCACAGCCAUUCAAUGUACUCUGGGUACCAGAUUGCCUCUGGUGCAGGCUCCAUCUUUUGAAUUCCUUAUCCCAGCCAUGGUACUGACUCAGCAGAUGGCUCCUGUUCAUCAAUCAAAAGAAAACAGCACUGAGGCUCCUGAAAUAUGUGCUGGGCUAGGCUGUGAAAACACAAGAAACCCAAUGCAAUUAUUCCAUGAGAUAUCUGGUGCAGUACUAGUCUCUGGUGUAGUACAGAUGCUGUUGGGAGUGUCUGGAGCCUGCGGAUGGAUUGUCCAUCAUUGUGGCCCCAUGGUCCUGGCCCCGAGCCUUUCUGUGAUUGGACUUUCAGCUUACAAGCCUGCUGCUCUUCUCUGUUCUGAGAACUGGAUAAUCGCUGUGCUGCUUGUUUUGCUGUGUAUUUUGACUUCCCAGCACCUGGCUUCUUGUCGACGGCCUCACUGCCAGUGGAGCCAAACAAAGGGACUUUCUGUAACAUUUGAUGAUCCAGCCCUGCACAUGUUUUCGGUUCUGCUGCCCUUCUCCAGCAUCUGGGUUAUCUAUGGGAUUCUUAGACCUGCUGCAAUCCCUUGGGACAGUUUGCAUCCUUCCACACAACGACUUAACCUCAGUAACAGCACUCUGCAGUCUCCAUGGUUCAAAAUACCUUAUCCAGGUGAGCAGGGCUGGCCAGUGCUUAGCACCUAUGCAGUUGGUAUUGGUGCUGCCAUGGGGGUCACUGCAAGUGUGAACUCCAUAGGCUGUUAUCUGCUGUGCAGCAAAGCCCUAAAGAAUCCACCCCCACAGCGGCAUUCAUGUAACAGAGGACUCUGUGCUGAGGGCCUUGGUAGUCUCCUGUCAGCCAUGCUGGGAAGCAUGUCUGGAACUGCCUCCAGUAUGUCCAACACCUGUGCCAGCAGCCUGACUCAGGCUACCUCGUUUCGCUCAGUGUGGAUUGGGGCAUUGGCAUGCGUAGUGUUGGGCCUCUCUCCCCGUCUUAUGGGAUUUCUUGCCACCAUCCCUCUUGGAAUUCAUGGAGGAGUGCUUUGCGUAACAUACAGUGUAGCUGUGGGCACUGGUGUCUCCUACUUCCAAUACACAGAUAUUGAUUCGGGCAGGAAUAUCUUCAUUGUGGGCUUCACCAUGUUCAUGGGACUUCUGGUUCCAAAGUGGCUGUUUGGAGCACCUGAAUCCCUUACCACAGGCUAUAUCCCAUUAGACCUCUUUCUGCUUUCUUUGUUGAUGGUUCCUUCUUUUAUAACUGGAUUCCUAUCCUUCUUCUUAGAAAACACAGUCUCAGGUACUCUGCAAGAGCGUGGACUACUCAACCCUUUGUCAACAAGAAAUCUAGAAACUGAAAGCAACUCACUUCAACACAGAAAGGAGGAAGAUUCUACACAAAGAUGUAAACUAUCUUUAAACCCACAAAGGCAUUUGGCGCCAUCAUUGUGUAAAGGGUUUCCUUUCUGUCUUCUCUGUCCCCCCGAGAAAAGUGAACAGGAAACUAUGAAUCAUUAUCCGUUGUUCAAAGAACUGCACCAUUUAGAUGAAGAAACCACAGAUCUACUGGUGAAAAGGGAAACAGUGAAACUGGAGUCAGAAAUUGAGCUGGAAACAGAGAAGGAAUUUAAAAUUAUACAAGGGAAUGUGGAGAAUCAUAAGCAUGAUCGAUCAAUGGCCCAUGAGAUAAUUCCUCUCUGUUGAUUUGAAAAAAAAAUCCUUUUUCCUAUAAAAAAAAUAUUCUACAAAGACUAUAUAAAUUACUUUGAAAUUUCAAACAUUUUGUUUGCAAACUACCUUGGAGAUAAAAAUAAUGUGACAAUCUUUGUUAAACAUGUAUUUUAAAAUUCUUCCUUGAGCAUUUAUUUGCCUGAGAUAUUUGUUCAUUUAUUUCCAUCUCCCCAACUUCCAUUAAGAGAUUUUAUUUUUUCCGCUUGGGUGAAUAGGGUUAUUCCACAGUGGACAGUGUGUGCACAGUGUGCAACCUAGACCAGAAUUCUGAGCCCAAUUACAUUAAACUGCUUGUACUGGAUAAUGAA